AUGGUUCUCAAAGCAAAGGGACUUCGUGGACUUUUGCUUGCUUGGAACCUGUUUGUUGGGCAGGCCAAGCUAUGGGACAAGAUCGAGACUGAAUCCGCACCACCGGGACGAUUUUUGCAUUCAAUGGUCCUUCAUGCACGGCGCAUAUGGAUCUUUGGUGGGGCGGCGGGAAGCGGCAAGGGCCCCAACGACGGGCCCUUCAAUGAUUUGCAGUGCUUCGACAUGGCGUCCGAGAAAUGGAUCCAAGUCGCUGCAGAGCAGACCCCUGCCGAGCGCGCUGGGCAUGUGGCCAUCGUGGACGGCUUUGGGCGUAUGUGGAUCCAUGGAGGUACUCACAGCAAAAAUGUUCCGCCCGCAGACCAGUUAGACUUUAUUGAGCUGGACGCCAUUGACCUUUCAGCCAAGACGGGCCGCAGCUGGACCCCAGUUCAACCUGCUGGCACCCCGCCAGCCGCCCGUACCAUGCACAGCGCCGUCACGGAUGGCUUUGGUGGCAUGUGGAUCUUCGGAGGAAUGAGAGUCGGUCAGACAGGACCAAGCAGCGACCCAGAUGAAUGCCCAGGAACCAUUUUGUAA